AUGGCCCGGCUGGUGCUGCAGAGCACACUACUGUGCCUGCUGCGCAUCGGGUUAGGCACCCAGGACUCGGACAGCUUCCUGCCCCACGCGCCUCACAACUGCCCCCACAAAUGCGUCUGUGCUGCCGACCUGCUGGAUUGCGCCGGCCUGGGGCUGCGGGAGGUGCCGGUCACGUUACCGGCCGCGGCUGCAGACCUCGACCUGAGCCACAACGCGCUCCAGCGCCUGCCCCCCGGCUGGCUGGCGCCCCUCUCCCGGCUCCACACCCUGCAUUUAAAUCACAAUGAGCUGGAGGCGCUGGGUCGGGGAGUUUUCACCAACGCCAGUGGCCUGCGGGUGCUUGAUCUAUCAUCUAACGCCCUGCGGGCACUUGGCCGCCACGACCUCGACGGGCUGGGAGCGCUAGAGACGCUGCUUCUGUUCAAUAACCACCUGGCGCACUUGGACGAACGUGCCUUCCACCGCUUGGGCACACUCCGUCGUCUCUACCUGGGCCGCAACGAACUCUCGUUCUUCUCUUUCAACCACCUGCACGGGCUGGGCUCAGCCCACCUGCGUGUUCUGGAUCUCUCCUCCAACCGCAUAGGACGCACCCCUGUGCCUGACCUGGCAGCGCUGCCUGCCUUUCUCAAGAAUGGCCUUUACCUGCACAAUAACCCGUUACCCUGUGACUGCCGUCUCUACCACCUGCUGCAACGCUGGCACCAGCGGGGGCUCAGUGCCGUGAGCGACUUUGCCCGCGAGUACACCUGCCUGGCCUUCAAGGUACCCACCUCCCGCGUGCGCUUCUUUGCGCACAACCGUGUCUUCGAGAACUGCUCGGUGGCCCUGGCAAAGGACCUGGAGCGGCCAGAAGAGCAGCUGCACGUACAGGUGGGGCGGUCCCUGCGGCUACACUGCAACACCAGCGCCCCAGCCCUGCACGUGGCCUGGGUUUCCCCGCAGCACGAGCUGCUCGUGGCACCAGGAUCUCGCAAUGGCAGCAUCACAGUGCUGGCCGACGGUAGCCUGGCCAUCAGCAGCGUGCAGCCGUGGCAUGAGGGUGUCUUUGUGUGCCUUGCCACUGGGCCCCGCCUGCAUCACAACCAGACGCACGAGUACAAUGUGAGCGUGUCCUUUCCCCACCCAGAGCCCGACGCUUUCAACACCGGCUUCACCACGCUGCUGGGCUGUGCCGUGGGCCUGAUGCUCGUGCUCCUCUACCUGUUUGCGCCACCCUGCCCCGGCUGCCGCCGCUGCUACCACCGCACCUGCCGCUGCUGCCACCGCUGCCGCCGCUGGCCCCGGACACCCAGCCCGCUCCAGGAGCUGAGUGCACAGUCCUCGGUGCUCAGCAACACACCACCCGAUGCACCCACCCGCAAAGCCAGCGUCCACAAGCACGUGGUCUUUCUGGAGCCUGGCAGGAGGGGCCUCAAUGGUCGUGUGCAGCUAGCGGUAGCUGAGGACUUCGACCUCUACAAUCCCUCGGGCCUGCGGCUCAAGGCUGGCUCCGAGUCCACUAGCUCCACAGCCUCUGAAGGUCUGGUGAUGACCUAG